GGGCGACCCGCCGGCGAUGCUGGCUGGCUCCCUGGCCGCGAGCCUAGUGGGCCUUUUCCUUCUAUUGUUCCUUCUCCUUCUUCUCCUCCUUGUCCUGGCCUGCCGGCCCUUGCGCUUCUUCAACCGCCGGCAAUCGUCCACAUCGAGCUUAAUUAAGGUUGAUGACAUAGAGCAACCUCUCAUUACUGAAAACUCAGCUGAUACUCCUGAUCAAGGCUUUACUCGGAACUUUGUUGAUGAAUCUAAUAUUCAAAUCGAGGGAAAUAAUAGUUCGCCAAAAGCAGUUGGGUCUAUUGGAAAUGUUAAUUCUCCUAGAAAACAUGGGCUUGUUAUUAAGAAGAGGGUUUCAACAGACUUUCAAGUUGGCACAGGGGAUAGCUUUGUGUUGGAUGUUAUUAGUGAUGAAUCAAAAAAUCGUCAUGUUGGUCAAACACUUAAACGUGUAGCUGAGCCGAUUUUGCCAUGUGAAGGUGCAAAGCAUGUCAGAUGGGACGACUCUAGCUAUGACUUGGAAAUCAUUGGUGAUAAUGGCAGAACUAAAAUUUCUACCUUCAAGGAUAUUGCAAUUAUACGAAGCAGUAUAAUUCUUGAAGUCAUUGCUGGUCCUUCUGUUGGUAUUCAUUGCUCAAGAAAUUCAAAAGACAAGACUCUUCUUCCAUUAACCCUUGGAAGGGUUUCUCCUAGUGAUUUGAUACUGAAAGAUUCAGAGGUUUCGGGAAAGCAUGCACUUAUUAAUUGGAACAUGCUUAAAUCAAAAUGGGAGCUGGUAGACAUGGGCAGCUUGAAUGGAACAUUCUUAAAUUCUAAGGCAAUUCAUUAUCCAGCUGCUGGAUCCAGGAAUUGGAGCGAGCCUGUUGAGCUUUCAAGCGGUGACAUUAUCAUUCUUGGUUCAUGCUCAAAAAUAUCUGUACAAAUCGUGCAAGAUGUUGAGUAUGAACUGCCUGUUGGAGUUGGCAUUGCAUCUGAUCCCAUGGCCGCGCGUCGCGGUGGGAAGAAGCUUCCCAUGGAAGACGUCUGUUACUGCAGAUGGCCCCUUCCUGGUGUUGAACAGUUUGGACUAUUUGGUAUUUUUGAUGGACAUGGUGGGGCUGGAGCAGCCAGAGCGGCUAGCAAGCUUCUUCCACAAUUCAUUGUCAACAUUCUGUCCAACCCUGAAAAGAAGCAGAGGGUAAUUACAUGCGACGAUGCUUCAGAUGUUCUGAAGGAAGCUUUUUCUCUCACGGAAGCUGCACUGAAUCAUCAGUAUGAGGGAUGUACCGCCACAGUUCUUCUGUUUUGGUUUGAUUAUGAUGAAGAAAUAUUCGUACAAUGUGCAAAUGUUGGUGAUUCCGCUUGUAUUUUGGAUGUUGAUGGUAAGCAGACCGCCAUGACAGAGGACCACCGGGUGACCAGCAUAUCGGAACGAACUCGUUUGGACAAAGCAGGGAAACCCUUGAAGGAGGGAGAAACACGCCUUUGUGGUUUAAACCUUAGCCGAAUGCUCGGAGACAAAUUUCUUAAAGAGCAGGACGUACGCUUCAGUGCAGAGCCAUAUGUGAGUCAAGUUGUCCAUUUAACAAAAGGCAGCACAGCUUUUGGGCUAAUAGCAAGCGAUGGUUUAUGGGAUGUAAUAAGCACCAAGCAGGCUGUGCAUCUUAUUUUUCAGAUAAAGGAAAAAUACGGAGUCCAAAAUGAAGACCUGGCUGAGAGGAUAGCGAAUUCUGUACUGAGCGAAGCUCGAUCGUUUCGAACCAAGGACAAUACAUCGGUUAUCUUCUUAGACUUUGAUCUCAUCAGAGUUGAUUCUCAUAAAUUCAAUCAAUGAUUACAUUAUAGAGUUUGUUAAUGUUUUCUUGUGCCUAUUUUGUGACUCAAUUAUUUAAUAUAUUUUUUUUAAUUUU